AUGCUGCUCCGACCAACUUGUACCCGCACUGCUCAACCGCUGAGCUGGAUCUCGCGGUCUCGUCCCACUGCUAUCAUGCCUCUCCGCGCCCGCAUCAACAACCCCUCCUUCUCCGACAUGGCUGGCAAGCCAGAAGACGAGCCCAACGAUGUCCUUUUCAGCUCACAUUAUGGUCUUCGCACCAUCGAACUCAACCGACCAAAGAAGCUCAACUCCCUCAAUGGCUCCAUGGCCAACAAGAUUCUUCCCCGUCUGAAGGAAUGGCAAAAGUCGCAACUUGCAAAUGUCAUCGUUCUCAAGGGCGCCGGCAGAGCUCUCUGUGCUGGCGGUGAUGUUGCUGCUCUGGCCAAAGACAAUCAAACAGGCCCUGAAGGUCAACAACGCUCAAAAGACUACUUCGCUCUCGAAUACAAGCUCGACUACACCAUUGCGACUUACCCCAAGCCCUACGUCGCCCUCAUGGACGGCAUCACCAUGGGUGGUGGUGUUGGUCUCAGUGUUCACGCUCCCUUUCGUAUCGCUACCGAGAACACCGUCUUUGCCAUGCCCGAAACCACCAUUGGCUUCUUCCCUGAUGUUGGCGCCAGCUUCUUCUUGCCUCGCAUGGAUGGUGCCGUAGGCACUUAUCUUGCUCUUACUAGCGAGCAGAUCAAGGGCGUCAACGUCUUCCUGUCAGGAAUCGCUACUCACUACCUCCACAGCAGUUCUCUUCCUGAUCUCGAGGCCCGCCUUGCCGAGCUCAACUUUGGCGAUGACGUUCAAUACCACACCCGCCUGAACAUCAUCAACGACACUAUUGAGGAAUUCACUACCGGCAUGCCUCACGAUGCACCGCCGCAUUUCUCCACCAACGUCCGCAUUGCUAUCGAUUACUGUUUCCAGGAGGUUCACAACAUUGACCAGAUCAUGGAAGCUUUGCAACAGACUGAGGAAACUUCACCUCCCGAGGUCCAGAAGUGGGCUGCAAAGACCCGCGAAACCAUUGCACAGCGAAGCCCGACCAGCGUCAAGGUCGCCCUCUCGCAAUUGAGGAGAGGUGCACAAUGGAACAUUGCUCAGACCUUCCAGAACGAGCACAACAUCGCUUCCAAGUUCAUGGAGCACCCUGACUUUGUCGAAGGUGUCUCAGCACGUCUGAUUCGCAAGCCUGCCGAGAAACCCCAAUGGGCAAAGACUAGCUUCGAUGAGGUUUCCGAGAGCGAGGUUAAUUCCUUCUUCGCCGAUGAGCUCAAGCUCGAACUUCCCAAUACUGGCGGCGAGGAAUCUUCUUACACUGACUACCCUCACGCUUGGACCGGACUACCGCGGGAAGCUGAAAUCGAAGCUUUUGUCAAGGGCAGCCCAAGGUAUGACGCCGAGGGUAUUAUCGACCACUUCGUGAGAUCGAAACGUGGAAAGAUGGGUGUUAGAGAGAAGGUCGAGGAAGUUCUCAACAGGAGGACAAGUCCGGCCAACAACAAGAGAGGCUUCUCAUGGAACUGA